AUGCCUCGGGGUCAAAAGAGUAAGCUCCGUGCCCGGGAGAAACGCCGCCACGCCCGAGAAGGGUCCAAGGAUCCAGUGGGUGCUCAGGCCACUGUCUCAGAGGAAGAAGAGUCCCCCUCUUCCCCCUCUCCUCCUUUUGGUGGUAAUCCCCAGAGCUCCUCUGCCGCUGGGUCACUUAGCAAAUCCCAGGGGUCUCGGAGAGCCCCAUGUGUUUCAACUGCUUUUGCAGAUACUUCAUACACAAAGUCUGAUGCAGGUGCCAAGAGCCAAGAUGAGGAAAGACCAAGUACCUCCCAGGCACCACCCAGCAUGGAUCGUUCCUGCAGAAACCCUCUAGACCAGAAGGCAAUUCAGUUGGUGCAAUUCAUGCUGGGCAAGUAUAACAAGAGGGAGCCCAUAAUGAAGGAAGACAUGAUAAAGCAUGUCAUCAAAAAGUACAAGAAGCACUUCCAUGAGAUCCUCAAGAAAGCCUCUGAGUUAAUGGUGCUGGCCUUUGGCAUAGAUGUAAAGGAAGCUGACCCUAUGGGGCACUGCUAUGCCCUUGUUAGCAAAUUGCAGCACACCUAUGAUGGGAUGCUGAGAGGUGAGGAGAUCAUGCCCAGGAUGGGUCUCCUGAUGACCAUCCUCUGUGUGAUCUUCAUGAAGGGCAAUUGCGCCACUGAGGAGGAGAUCUGGGAAGUGCUUAAUGUGAUGGGUAUAUAUGCUGGAAAGGAGCAUUUCAUCCAUGGGGAGCCCAAGAAGCUCAUCACUCAAGAUUUUGUGCAGGAAAGAUACCUGGAAUACCGCCAGGUGCCGGGCAGUGAUCCUCCUCACUUCGAGUUCCUAUGGGGCCCAAGAGCCCAUGCUGAGACCAGCAAGAUGAAAGUCCUGAAGUUCUUGGCCAAGAUCCAUAAUACGGUCCCCAGUGCCUUCUCAUCCUGGUACGAAGAAGCUCUGCAAGAUGAGGAAGACAGAGCACGGGCCAGAUUUGCAGCUAUGACUCAUCCUGGGGCCAUGGCCAAUAUGUUUUCCAGGAUCAAUCUUGGCAGCUUCUCCCACCAGUAA